AUGUCCACCAAGUUGAAAGAACACGCAGCCUUGACUCCUGUGGUGCACACUCGAGAGGAGCAGGAGGGACUGAGAAUCAUGAAGGUAGAGGAAGAGGAGAACCAUGCUUGGGAGCAGAAGCCUCUCCAAGUAGGUAAUGUGCACCCUUAUCAGGAACUUUUCCGCCAGUGCUUCAGGCAGUUCCGUUACCAGGCGGCCCCUGGACCUCGAGAGGCUCUGAGCCGGCUCCGGGAGCUCUGCCAAAAGUGGCUGCGGCCUGAGAUGCACACCAAGGAGCAGAUCCUGGAGCUGCUGGUGCUGGAGCAGUUCCUGACCAUCCUGCCCGAGGAGCUGCAGGCCAGGGUAUGGGAGUAUCAUCCAGGGAGUGGAGAGGAAGUGGUGACUGUGCUGGAAAAUCUGGAGACAGAACUUGGAGACAAAGGACAACAGGUGGGAAAAGGGUCUGCUGCUUUUGUCCAAGCCAGUGCACAUUACAAACAAGAAGUGCUGUGGAAGGUAGUAGGACCUGUAAGCCUCACAAAGCAGUCACUUAACAUCCAGCUGAAGUGUGAUCCUUGGGAGCAUUUUACUCUGCAAGAGAAUGCAGGAGCUGAGACCAGGAAUAUGACUGCUGAAUUUGCUCCAAAGCAGAUUUCUGCAGAAAGGAAUUCAUUGGUUGCUUUCCAGGAUCCAAAGUGUGGAGAAACUUUUCAAUAUAGGGGUAAAUCAGAACAGCAAAAGGUCAACCCCAUGAGAGUAAAACGACACAAAUGUAAGGAGUGUGGAAAGGCCUUUGCUCAGAGCUCAGGGCUUGUUCGACAUUGGAGAAUUCACACUGGAGAGAAACCUUAUAAAUGCAAUCAAUGUGGAAAAGCAGUCAGUUAUAAAUCAGCCCUUCUUUCACACCAGGAAAUUCAUAAUAAAAUAAAACGCUAUCAGUGUAAUGAAUGUGGGAAAGCCUUCAGUCAAAACACAGGCCUGGUUCUUCAUCAGAGGAUCCAUACUGGGAAAAGACCUUAUGGAUGUAAAGAGUGUGGUAAAUCCUUUAGUCAAAGUUCACACCUUAUUGGACAUCUGAGGAUCCAUACUGGAGAGAAACCCUUCAAAUGUAAUGAGUGCGAGAGGGCCUUCACUCAGAGGUCAGGACUCAUGGAACAUCAGAGAAGUCACACUGGAGAGAAACCAUAUAUGUGUAAGGAAUGUGGGAAAGCUUUCCGAGGGAGCACCAGCCUCACUCAGCACCUGAGGAUCCACACUGGGGAGAAGCCCUAUCAGUGUGAGGAAUGUGGACGAGCCUUCAUUCAGAGGUCAAGCCUUGUUCGUCAUCAGAGGAUCCACAGAGGGCAGAAACCUUAUCAGUGUAAAGAGUGUGGCAAAGGCUUCAGUGAGAAAGCAGGCCUCUCCCAACAUCUCAAAAUCCACACUGGAGAAAAGCCCCAUCAAUGUAAUAAAUGUGGCAAAUUUUUUAGUCAGAGAUCGGUUCUUACAAAGCAUCAAAGCCUCCACACUGGAAAGAAACCUUUUGAAUGCAGCGUUCAAAUCUUACUGAGCAUCAGUGAAUUCACAGUAAAGAAAAACUCUAUGAAUGUAAAGUAUGUGGAAAAGCCUUCGCUCAGUAUGCAGGACUUAACCAACACCGGAGAAUCCACACUGGAGAGAAACCUUUUGAAUGUCCUCGUGAACUCAACCCUGGUCAUACAUCAGAGAAUUCACACUGGGGAGAAGCCCUAUAAAUGUGAUGAGUGUGGUGAAGCCUUCAGUCAACACUCAGGCCUCAAAAAACACAAGUUAGGAGGGAAGCACGGAAACCCUCCUAAACCAAGAAAAUAUACGUGUGAUGUAUGUGGGAAGACCUUCACGCAGUUAACUGGCCUGAGAAACCACAAAAGAAUCCACACUGGGGAUAAGACCUACCAAUGUCCUGAGUGUGGCAAGGCCUUCACAAGGGGAGAGCAUCUUAUUGAACAUCAGGGGAUUCACAACAAGGAGAAGCCUUAUCAAUGUAAAGAGUGUGGCAAAGCCUUCAGUCAGAAGACAGGUCUUAGUCAUCAUCUCAAAAUCCACACAGUAGAGAAACCUGUCAAAUGUUCUGAAUGUGGGCGAGCCUUCAGCUUUGAAAUCGAACGGGACGCCCAGGAAAUUGGCUGCUGGUUCCAGGUGAGGCACGCGUAG